UGAUUGUUGUUGCCACACUUGUGACCUAUGUCCCAGGCAGCCACUUCACUUCCUUAUUCCUUGUUCCCUAUUUUUGCUUUUGGUUUGGAUACUAAGGAUAAACAAUUUGGGUCAAAAUAUGACUACAGGGACAAUGAAAAAAAAAACAAAGUGUAGUGAAUAUCUCCGCUGAAUUGUAUUUGAAUGCCUUACAGCAGUGAAACUAUUCAAUACAAAACAUCCGAUAAUGUUAACUGUACCAAUAGGUUUUGUACUAACUACUGUAGCAGCAGGCUUCAAACCGAGCAGGAAGGGUGUGUACGUUGUCUGGUUUCCUCUCCAGUAUGUUGGCUGAUCAGAGUAGGCCAAAAGUGUGUCAAGAGUGUCAAUUGCGCAUUUUCGCAGAGCUCUUGUGGUGGCAGCUGCGCUCGCAACCACAUUUCUAAUAUGUGAGAUAUAACGCCUGGGCUCUGGCGAGGAGGAAGAAGACAAGUUGAGCACCACUUGCCUUCCUGUGGCCCCUCGAGCUUGAGAACCUCUGAUUGCAGCUUUGUCCAUGUGACUUGGCUUCCGUUGCAUGCUUCUGUGAAUAGUAAAACAGAGGUGUCAGUGCUUCUGUCAGAGGACGGCACAUGAAGAUCACACAUGAGAACACACUACAGCGGAGAGUGAAACAGCGAUAUGGUGAGGGGAGCGGGCAUCAGUGGCUUGGGGAAUCCACACCUAGCCACCACUUGAGGAUGUUAAAAUGUCAGUUCACGGCCCUUCAUCCAUCCUCUUUUGCUUACUGUUAUCCAUGUGGACCAUCCUCACACCAACCUCAAGUCAUCCACAACACAGUCAGUGCAAGCUGACACAAAGAACGACUCUCUGCAACAAUAGCAACCUAACGUCAAUACCUGUGGGACUACCAGGCACCACUGAGGAGCUUCAGCUCAAUCACAAUCUUAUCAAGACACUACAGGACAACUCUCUUCAGUAUCCCUCACUCACUAGCCUCAGUUUAGCCUGCAACCAGCUGGAGAAAUUACAGUCAAACACUUUUCAGCACUCCGAAUUGUUGAAGAGUCUUAAUUUAGCAAAUAAUAAUCUGAAUAUUAGCUAUCUAGAAACCAGCAACGCUUUAAAGACCUUGCCCAAGCUUAAAUCUUUAGAUCUAUCAGUGAAUAAACUGGAUGAAGAAAUGGCUGCCGUCCUUCUUCAAAAUCUGACAGCCCUGGAGUACCUAAAUCUUUCAGGGAAUCUCUUACGCCGCCUGGACGAGACCUCAUUCAGGGAUCUCCACCAGCUCAAAGACCUCGACCUGCAGAGGAACCUCCUGUUUGAGAUCGACAACGCCUUCGACAGCACUCCCAGAUUACAACGACUCAACUUGGCCUUCAACUAUCUACCUUGCCUGACUGACUUCGACAUGACCCAGCUGGUGGUCCUCAACGCCAGCCACAACUUCAUCGAGUGGUUCAUCUCCAGGCAGGAUGUCAACGACACUUUCCAAAUAGAGACGCUUGAUCUGUCCGAUAACAAACUGCUGUUCUUUCCAUUCCUACCCAACGUGAGCCGGUUACGGAAUCUGUACCUGUCCCACAACAUUUUGAGUUUUUAUGAGCACCUGGCGGACAAUGUCACAUUCCCCAACUUGACCGCCACUGUCAAGUUCUACAACCUGAGGAAGAACACAAACAACAUCACGGCUCAGCUGUGGGAUGACAGUCUUCAUGGCGACAUCUCCUCGGUGGAGAUUUUAGACCUACGAGGAAAUCAGUUGCAGUACUUCCCGCAAGGAUUCAUCCACAAAAUGCCCUCCCUGUCUAGACUCCGAAUGUGCACCAACUGUCUAGAAAGCUUGAAUCUAACUUCGGAGCAAUUCUCUGAUAGCUUGUAUGAAUUGGACGUUAGCAACAACAGACUGAAAGAGAUCGUAGCAAAUGAUGUUACGUUGAGAACUCUGAGCAAUUUGACAUACCUAAACCUUAGCCUGAAUGAUCUUGACUGCUUAUCAUCAGAACUAUUGUUUGCCUUGCCAAGCCUUAGGUCAGUGGACCUGAGUUACAACAACAUGGGAAUAUGCCUUCCUGAGGAAGUUGAGGGCAGUGCAGGGAUAGCCUGGAACACCACAGUGUCCUUAAGGCAGCUUUAUCUUAAGGGAUGCCACCUUCCAAGAAUUCCGCCUUUUGCAUUCUCCGGACUCUCUCUCACACAUUUAGAACUAUCUGAUAACCCCGGACUAAGAGGCCAACAAUCAAUAAAAAGUCUGAGCACAACAUUACACCACUUAGGUUUGGGAAACACACACGUUGGGGAGUUGGACUUCACAAAUUUUCAGAAUCUGAAGUCUCUGAAUAUUUCAUGCAACUCUCUCGCACAUCUUCCAGCUUCGAUCUCGGGUCUUGACUUAAAACAGCUUGAUUUAAGGGACAAUGAGCUGUCCACUAUUCCCUCACUUCAGGCCAACACAUUAGCCUCUAAACUUCACACUGUUUUCCUCACAGGAAAUCCAUUCAACUGCUGUCAGACAGAGUGGUUUAGGACAUUUGAAACAACAAAGACAAUCCAUAUGGUCGGACAGUCGGAAAUGGAAUGUACAGAUCUUUUCCAAACACACAGCAUCUGGCAUUCCCAGUCAUUUUUGUGUCAUGAGGAAUAUGGAGAAUCUAUUUUCUGGUACAUUCUCCUUUUUGUACCCGUUUGCAUUUCUUUAGUGGGUAUUUUAACGAUUUUAUUCCUCACGCUGAAGCCCAAAGUGAUACAAAAAUCAAUCAAAAAGAAAUAUUUAACGCCUACAUCCUAUUGACACUUUUUAAAGUCUCGGCAAACCAAAAUAAGUUUAUGUUGAAAAAUGGUAUGAAUCUCAGAAAUAAAAUCAACCUUUUGUUAAACUGUCAUGGAUUAUCAAAGCACUUGUAGGUAUACUGUGUGAGUCCAACAUUCACAACAUACUGCACAUUUUUACGGUGUAUAAUCAAUAACCGAUUCCAGGAACAAAAUGUAUGUUUUUUUUUCUCGUUUGUUUUUCAGAUGGGUGAUUUCUCAGUGAAAAACAUUUAAAAGAUUUUAAAAUGUAGUACUUUUACAUUUCAGAAAGAUUAAAGGUGAGAUCAUCAACAAAAACGUCAUCGGCGUAAGCAUCUAAUCCAAUUCAAUUACUUGUGGUGCUUCCAACCACUUGGGGCCAUAUUUGCAUGUUAUUUGGUCCUCGCUAUGGUAUCCUGUGAUACACUAACCAGUGUAAGCAAUAACAUUUUCACACUCA